CAACGAAUGAUCCAACCUUUAAUUUUGCGCGUUAAAACCCGUUUAAAGAUUCAAGCGCCUUCUAUUCAGCAAGAUCGUCAUUAUGUGAAAAACCGUUUUCUAAAAAGAACCGUGGAAUGUGACCCAAACAGUGCAAUGCACAAGUAAAUAUUUUGAACGCUUCCGAGUAAGAAUGUAAAGUGUAAGAUCAGAAUUGAUAAAUACAACGAAAUAAUAAAAAUCCCACUUGAACCCAUUCGAUAUUCGUAUAUAUUCCGUUCUCGGAUUCAAACGAUCCAGAUAGAGAUUGCAUGUUCGAUUUUAAAAAGGUGAUUUUAAAUUUUCCAGUAAUGAACAAGCUAUCGCCUGGUUUCGUCAUUAUAUCUUUGAGUUUUAUUGUUGCGCAUGUGGAAUCAAAGAAUGUGGGUGGUUACUAUUGGGGAGGAGCAUCGCAAGUUUUACCAGUGGAAAAAAUUAAUGCGAAUUAUUUGACACACAUAUAUUACGCCUUUUUGAUAGUUGAAGAUAACGGAACAUUAACUAUUCAAGAUGAAAAUAGGGCGUUGCGAGAAAUAGGAAUGUUGCAAAGGUUACCGGAACUGAAAAAAAUUAAUCCAGAUUUAAAAUUAUUGUUCUCACUUUCUAACCAAAACCAAAGCUUUUCGACAGUCGUUGCACAGGCGGCAUUGAGAAAAACUCUAGUACAAAGUUGUAUCGACAUCGUAAAAAAAUACAAUUACGAUGGAAUAGAUCUUGAUUGGGAGUUUCCCGAGGCAGUAGAUAAGGACAACUACAUCGCGUUGCUCAAGGAUCUCAAGGAAGGAUUCAAGGAGUACGAUAUCUUAUUAACUGCAGCUGUUAGAGCAAUACCCAUCUACGAUAACACUGGCUACGAUGUACCUCAAAUAGCUAAAUACCUAGACUUGAUCAACGUCAUGACAUACGAUUAUUUCGGAUCGUGGAGUUCAUACACAGGCCAAAACUCACCGCUGUUUCCGUCUUCGAAAGAUACUGCGUAUGAAAAAGGUUAUCUUAACGUGCAGGCUGGAGGAAAGCUAUGGCUCGAUGCUGGAGCGACAAAAGACAAGAUUAACAUUGGCCUGCCUUUUUAUGGUAGAAGUUUUACACUUCUUAAUCCCGAAAAUCACGACCUUAAGGCACCAGUAACUGGAGCUGGUUCACCAGUGUCACCGUCAUAUUUUCAAAUUUUACAAGGUUAUUCAAAUUGGACAACAGUAUGGGAUGAUGAACAAAAAAAUCCUUACAAAUAUUCUGGAGACCAAUGGUUAGGAUAUGAUGAUAAAAAAUCAAUAACCGAAAAAGUAAAAUACGUAUUAUCCCAGGAUUUUGCGGGAGUUUUCAUAUGGCAAUUGGGCGGUGACGAUAUUGAAGGAGUAUUUUCCGGAACAAAACAGGAAUUGUUGGCAUCAAUCAACGAAGUAGUCAAAUCAUCAGUGAAUAAGGAACGCAGUUCGUCAAACAACUCCCUAUAUAAAAAACAUAAAAAAAUUAAACAGACUGAGGCGGGAAAGAAACUUCUGAGAAAAACAUAACCCAGUUAGUGAGUUACGAACAAUUUUUUGCAAAAAAAAUAAUAAAAAUUAUGAUAUCCAUUUUAUAAUUUUAUCCAGGAAAAAAAAUCACUAUCUUCCUUGCGGACAGCCAAAGAUCCUACUUCGAUAAAGACCAAAUCUAGCAAGUUAUUCGUUGCUCAUCAGCCAUUGGCUUCGUAUGAUAAUACAACGAUUAACAAAACAAAAUUCUUGAAAGAAUAACUGACUAUAAAGUAAUCUAUAACCUAUAAGGUUAUAAACCUUAUUCAGAGUAUCUUGAGAUUUCGCAAUUAUAUUAUCUAUCUAUGAUAAAAUCGCGGUGCGUUUCUGAAAAUCGUGAUUUUAAUGUGUAG